AUGCUUUCAGCGUUCUGCAUAAAAAGCUUCAGGAGCAUGUACGGGACGACGGAACUCUCGAAUGUGAUCUCCUGGAUGCCACGCGACACAAUGGAACAUAAGACAAUCGGUUUUCCUGCUCCAGACGUGCAAAUGAAGGUUGUUGAUAUAGACACUGAAAAAGUUCUUGGGCCUAAGGAACACGGAGAGCUCUGGGUUAAAUCACCCACAAGUAUGAGAGCAUACUACAACAACCCAGACGCGACUGCUGAAGUGAUCACUCCGGAGGGAUGGCUGCGAACAGGAGACAUCGUCUAUUACGACGAAACUGGAAGAUUCUACGUCGUAGAACGUAUUAAGCAAUUCUUUCACUGCAUGGCAUGGCAAGUUGCCCAGUCGGAAAUCGAAGCCGUUCUGUUGUCUCACGAGGCUGUCGAGGAAGCAGCCGUGAUCGACGUUCCACACCCGGAAUAUGGCGAUGUGGCAAAAGCUUUUGUCGUCCUGAAGCCGUCUUACAGAGUACCCGGGAGAACCAAGACCCACGACCUGCAACGCUUCGUCGCAAGUAACGGAAUUUCGUGA